UCUGGAAAGUUCCGGCAGACGAUUUUACCGCGGAAAACUAAACUGGACCCUUUUGUGAUCUUGCACUUGUUCAUGGUGUCAUUAGUGUUUGGGUAAUCGUGGUCUCUGGUAAUAUCUGGGUGUGAAGAAGAAGAUUGUUUUUGGUUCGUCUCAGCAGAAUUGGAAAUGUUCGAGUGGGGCUGCGAGCGCUUCGCAGAACUGGAUUUUGGAAUUGGGAUCUGUUACUUAUUCAUCGGAAAUGUUUGAUUGGAACGACGAAGAGGCAAUCACUUAGGUGCAACUACAUCAUGUCCCACUUUCAUGCCAGUGCAUAUUUUAUUAUUUCUUCUACAGCUUGCAGACAUAAUAUGGGAUGAGGCCACUGAGAGUGGUGACCACAUUGUGCCUUAUCCAAAGGAAAAUGAACAAAAGCUAUUGGUUACAUUUAGAGAUCAAAUCAAGAAACAAGGGGAUCAAGAUGCCAACACUAUUAAAACUGUAGAGCAGAAGACGUCUGGACCUAAAAAUGAUUCCACUGACUGUAGACUGGAAAGUAGUUCACAAUUUAACAGAAAUGAAGGAUUUUCAGCUCCAGGAUUUGACAUGGAUUCUUGGUCUGAUUUGCCAUUAUCAAUUGCUGAAUGUGGCAAGGGAUAUGCUGGCGGAAAUGGUCAGGAUUCUAUCAGGGAAAUUAGCAAUUUCAACACAGCAAGAGAUGAUGCAGCUCAACUAGAUAGUGAUCGUGAAUUGUUUGUGGAUGAGCAUGUUGACAAAGAAGGUGGAUUUCUUGACUAUGGUUGGGCCAACAUAGGGAGUUUUGAUGACCUUGCUAGGUUAUUUAGAAACGAUGACUCAAUAUUUGAACAUGAAGGUCUUGGUAAUGCGGAUGAACUAUGGUCAUCCACAGAUGUAAUUAGCAGCCCAGCAAAAUCCUUCCCUUUGUCUAGAGCAUUGAAGAGUACGCCUGAGCAAUGUGAAGUCAAAAUGGAAUUUGUGCCACAUGAAACCCAAUCUUCUACUCUUGGAAAUGGGAAGAUGAACGAUCAUGAUUCUCACGGGUUACAUAAUUUGCAUCCAAGCAGAGAUGAAGUUUCUGGGAAGCAAAGCUGCUUAUCUAUUGAUUCACUGACUGAAUGUGCUGCAGAGGGAAGUAAGUCGUUAUUGAAGGAGAAGACAACUCCAGAGGAAAUUGGAAAGACAGAAGCAUCAAACUCCCACUCUCUUAGUGAGAAGGACAUUGGAGAAGAGGGAAGUAAGCAAAAGAAAUCCCAGAUAAAGUCAGAGGAAAAAGGUGAAGGAAAACUAUCUCAAGACUCGCGUGGUAACUGGUCCCCAACUGCUAACCAAUGUCAACAAUUUGGGAAUCAAUUUGCAACCUCUGCUUUACAAACCUUUCCAUCUUCAGUUCUCAGUCCACAAGGACAGAUUGGUGGGCUUGAUUCUUUGAGAUACCUUCCAACCUCCCAUUCAUAUUUUCCUGCUGGGUAUGGAAGUCAGGCGCCUUCCUAUAUGCCUCCAUUUCAACACCAUCCUGAGAGGGACAAGGCCCAUCCGGUCCUUGUUGGUCAUGAAUCUUCUCCCAGAUCAUCGAAGCAUGCCAGUGCAUUAAGGAAAUCACCAGAUGUUUCAAACAAUUCUUUGAUCAUGACCCCCCUGGAAAAGAUUGAAAAAUUAAAGCGGCGGCAGCAAAUGCAGGCAAUGCUUGCCAUUCAGAAACAACAGCAGCAAUUCAAUCGUCAGGCUACUUGUACUGACCAGUCAAUGGCCCAAAAGUGUCAGCAGGAGGCUCAAAGUGAAGAUACAGUAGGAACUAAACUUGAAGCUGAAGCAAACUUAAAAAUUCCCCCAUCCGUGGGCCCAACUUCACCUGUAGAACAAGAUGAUUCCAAUACAGUCUCUAUGGUGGUUGAUGAAUGUUCACUGGAGGAAACAAUACUUGAUCAUCUUCUAGAAGUUAUUGGAAAGUUGGAUAAUAAAACAAGGCUUUGUAUUCGAGAUAGCUUGUAUCGUUUGGCCCAAAGUGCAAUGCUAAGGCAUAGUGCUGCUGAUACAAUUAGUACCAAUAAAAGUAGUGGGGAUGAAAAUGAGGCUGCUGCAAAAGACGAAUCAAACAGUCACAACAGGUCUACCAGUGAGCUGGAUGCAGAAACAGAGACAAAUCCAAUUGACCGUACUAUGGCUCAUCUGCUCUUCUACCAGCCUACAGAAUCAUCUGCAAGGCCUGUCCAGGAUGGUGAGAUGCCCAAAUCAACCGUUCCUACUAAACUUCCAUUUGAGCCCAAAAUAGAAGGCCUAGUGAAGCUACCCAUGGAAUGCCUAUCUGAGAGUUCAACAGAAAAACAAAGUGUCUCUCACCCAGAAGCUAAAUCACCCUGCACAUUCUCUGAGGCUCAGCAUGAGGGUCAAUUUAGUGGCAGUCCAUACAUAAUCACUAAUGCAUCCAACAAUGAUCCAGAAGAUGGAGGAGUCAUGGACAUUGAAGCCUCAAAAUGAAGGAAAUGAAUUGAAAACCAUUAGGGGUAAUUCCUUCCUUUAUCUCUUCCAUUCAUAUUUCUUUCGUUUUUCAUGCAUAAUUUUAUGGAUUUUCUGGUAAUGAAGAGGUUCUGUUUCAUUGUCAGCCAACUGUAUAUUGAUUGAGAAAAGCUUUUGGUAGUUCAAACAUGGCUUCAAGAAAGGACGUCAUCUCUAUAAGUGCAGACAAUAGUGUAUGCUAGUUAGUUCUCUAUGUAUAUCUUCUAUUAUGUAUCUUCUGUCCAGAAGACUGGCUUAUGUCCUUCACUAUCGCACUGUGGGUGGUUAUUAUGUUGUCUGAGUUGUACUUGCUGCAUCUCAGGAUGCGAACUUCAAGACAUGGCGUUUUUUUUUAUCUUAUAUCUCAGACCUAUGAGUCACUUUAUGGUCCUGUCUUCUGAGUGCUGA